AUGCCUCCAACCACCAUUUUGGAGGACGAGGAUUCAUUGAUUAUUAUUCCUACAAAAAGACAAUCUGAGAGUAGUUGCAGCACCAGCGGUUCAAGUAAUAGUAGCUCCACCACGAAUCAUAACGGUCAUUAUCAUUUCCAUCAUCAGCCUACUCAAGCACACAACAUGAAUCAAUCCAUUCACACGAACGGAAAUGAAAACGAGUCCUCUCGGUUUGUCACCACACCGACUCAACUACAUCACCACAAAUACACAACGAAUGACCUUUGCUCACCGCCGGUUAUUUCCACCAGAAAUAGAUCAACAUCAUCCUCCGUUGCUCUACAUUCUAAUACCAACAACAACAACAGCAGCAACCAAAACGUUCAGAACACAACUACUAGUACAGGAGGCAAUUACUUCUCUCAUCACCAUCAUCACCACCAUGACAGGGAUAUCAUCCAUCCACCAUCAUUGUCGUCAUCAUCAGAUUCAUCAUGUAUUGAAAAUUCCAAUAGUCACCACCACCACCUCCAGGACCAUACAACGUGCAUCUCCGAUACUUGCUCAAGCACGCUCAAUUCAUUGGUCUCAUCACCAACUGGCACUACUUGUAGUACCCUCUCAAAUUCUUCCACCUCUUCAUUAACGUCACUGUUGGAGUUUCAGCAGCAACCACCAGUUAUUUCAUCAUCAUGGCCAAACAUGGUGCUACCCACACAGUCACAAGGUGUUGCAUCAGGUAACGGCGGCUCUACUACUACUACUACUACUACUACUACAACUGGCAGGUCAAUAACUACUGCUGCUUCUGUCCAACAAAAUCUCACCAUUCAUUAUCCACAAUACACCAUUCCAUCCCUGAAAGAAUUGUUUGUCACUCGGCACGGAGAGAAGACCUCUCAAUUGAUCAAGUAUGGAACUGGUCUUCAUGGACUUGCCUCACCAACAUCACCUCCCUCAUCGGCUUCCUCAGCGGAAACACCAAGCACACCGAUAGACGUGAAUGGGGAUUAUGAUGCAGAUCCACCUUUAACAGAAAGAGGUCGGCUGUGUGCUAAAUUAUUUGGACAAAACUUUUACCUCAAAUAUCUUGUUAAAAAAGUGGAGCAAGCACAAUUCACUAAUUCCUGUGAUGAAAACGUUUCAAAAACACUCCAGAUAUACACCUCACCUUUUCAUAGAUGCCUUCAAACAACCGAGCAAAUUGUCAAAAGUAUUUCGGAGGAAAGUGAGAGGGAUGGGAAAAAGUUUAAUAUUGAAGUUUACAUUGACUUUGGACUGAUGGAAUUUUAUGGUUUGAAACGAAAAUGGACACUGGAUAUGAUGCCUCCAAACAUUGAUCAGAUUAGACUGGAAUUUCCAUUUUUAAGCAAGUUUAUGGUAGACAAAUUUUGUAAUGAGGAGUUGAAUUUGGAGGGGCUCUAUUUUUCUCUUAAUCCUCAAAACUAUAUCAGUUAUUUUACGGAGAAGAAUACAAUGGAACUGAUGUAUGACUUAAUUCGCAGAGUGAGAGGAACUUUUUACAAUGUUGAAAAUAAUGUCAAAAAGAUAAGAACUGAGAAUGCAGAACCCACAGUUCUACUUGUGACACAUGCAGCGACAAUGAUCCGAAUUGUUGAGGAAUUAAUUGGAAUUUACCACAAAACUCCACUCUCGGAACGAACCAAUGUUAAAGCCUCUAUUUGUGGACUCUCUCACUUGAAGAGAGAAUGCGCACCCAAAGAGACUGCAUCCAAUCAGCCUACCAAUGAACGAAUUGCAGUCAAUACUACCACCACUACUGUCACAACCACACAUUCUACAACAGCAAUGACAUCACCUAAUGACCCACCAUUGUCACCGUGGAGUUUGAUUACCAACAAUGAUAUUUCAUUCAUGGAGACCUUUGAGUCGAAAACGAGUCAGCGUUCUCUUCAAUACUAUCAAAUUGAUUCAUCCCAUUAUGUAAAUAGAAAGUAG